UUCAUCUUUUGGCGGGAUUGGCGCAAACCUCAAAGUGGGCAAACAGGAAAGGUUGUUUUCUGUUUUGCACUUGUUCAUCAUCUCAUCUAUUUCAUUUACUCUACUGUGUUGUACUACUUUACUAAUUGUGAAUUAUAUUCAACUUAUCAUGGAAUCCAUGGAUUGCGAAGUUAUUGAAUGUCCGUCUUCGUCAACAUCAACAAGUCAAAAAACAAAGCCUAAAAACACUAAGUCUCAUCUUCCAUGGAUCGAAAAAUACAGACCUCAAACCUUCCAGGAUAUUGUCGGGAAUGAGGAUACUGUAUCAAGACUGGAAGUAUUCUCAAGAAAUGGCAACACACCCAACAUUAUCAUUGCUGGUCCACCUGGCGUUGGCAAAACGACGACGAUUUUAUGUCUAGCUCGAGCACUGCUCGGUCCCUCAAUGAAAGAGGCCGUUCUCGAGUUGAAUGCAUCCAACGAGCGAGGUAUCGACACCGUCAGAAACAAAAUUAAAAUGUUUGCUCAGCAGAAAGUGACACUGCCUGCCGGCCGCCAUAAGAUUGUUGUGCUCGAUGAAGCUGACAGUAUGACCGAUGGCGCCCAGCAAGCCUUAAGGCGGACCAUGGAGAUCUACAGCAACACGACGCGAUUCGCACUGGCCUGCAAUAACAGUGAGAAAAUCAUCGAACCGAUCCAGUCGCGCUGUGCCAUGCUCAGAUACACCAAGCUCACCGAUGCUCAGCUACUCAGCAAAGUACUCGACGUUUGCGUCAAAGAAAAUGUAAGUUAUCAUCCCAUUAUAGUAUAGGAAGCUCAAGUUAUCAUUCAGUUAGAGUAUAGAAAGCUUAAUUUAUCAUUAGUUCAUAAUGGUUUCGGUCAUGUGGAUAGCAAAAAUGUAUUCAAAGUUUGCGACGAACCUCAUCCACUUCUCGUUAAAAAAAUGCUGAUGCAAUGCGUUUCUGGAGACAUCAGUUCUGCUUAUAAAAUUAUUGCCGGCUUGUGGAAACUUGGCUAUGCCCCUGAAGACAUUAUUGGUAACAUAUUCAGAGUAUGCAAAGGAUUGGACGUUUCUGAACCCUUGAAACUAGAAUUUAUUCAGGAAAUUGGAUUGACUCACUUGAAAAUUGUUGAAGGUGUCAAUUCCCUUCUUCAGCUGUCAGGUCUUUUAGCAAGACUUUGCCUAAAAGCCAGGUCUGUUAAUGUCUCAUGAAAUGAUUACUUUUGAAGCAUUACUGUUGUAUUUCCGUAUCUAGCCAACUCUGCGUUUAUUUGUUGUAUCUUUGUGUAAUAAAGUAUUGUUUUUUGUAUAGUCUA